ACACACUGUGAACUUGGCCAUUUAGGUCUUCGUAGUCAUUAUUAUAAGUCCCAACCACACACUCUCUCUCUUUCAUAAAUUCAUUCAUUCUUUAUAAAUAAUAUCUCUCUCAAUAUAUAAUACAGAAACAAAUAAACGUACAUAUUGAUCAGAGAGAGUGUGUGUCUGUGUGCGAUGGAGAUAACGCCAAAGAGGUAUUGGCGGAGGUGGAGAGGAUACGAGAAGCUUGAUGGGUCAUCAACGGUGGGAAGAAGGAAUGCAAAACGGGCCAAAAUGGAUCCGACCAGCAAGAAACGCUCAUGGAGGAUCAAGAUUAUGCCUAAACUGAGGAUCCUCAGAAGAGCGUCCCCUAAGAAGCUUCUCGUUUGGUUACGCGAUUCGUAUGUUAAUAUAAUGAUGCGGCUGGCGAAUUCACGGGCCGUCGGACCUUCUGCAUACGGUGGAUCCAGUUUUGGGUCAGGUCAGAUGAAGGAGUAUGAUGAGAAAGUGCUUGUGGAGAUAUACAAGUCCAUAUUGAUGGCGAAGGCGCAGGGGAAUCUCGUGCAACGCGACACGGCUAGCAAGCUUCCUUCUGGACCAGCUGUUGUAUCUGUCUCUCCUGUUGUUAAGUAAUUUUUAGAAACAAAACAAUUCUCCUUUUUCCUUGUAAUAAAAGCUUGACAUGUUUGAUAUACUUUUCGAGAUUGCUGAUAGGAAAGUUUGUGAUCUUGAUCUGUAUCAAAACUUACAAGUAAAAGAAAAUAAAAGAAUACUAGAAAGAAAUAAGUAAUAGAUGGUUGAUUGUGCCAUUGUGGGCCUAAAUAAUAAAGUUUGUUUAAUGUGUUUAUUAUUCAUUUAUGAAGUUUUGUUGAAUCUAUGCUUCUGAAAUAUAAAGAUUCGCAUUUA